AUUUGUAGUCGGUAUCAAAGCGCUGCACUGAUCAACCGAACGCAAGGGUCAAAAAGGCUGUUCGCUUUCCAGUAGCAUGUACUGUGUACUUUUUGGUUACAUAGUGCGGACUGCGGAGCGUAUACCAUUUUCGGAUUUUCCUUUCACCCGCUCCAGAAUUAUUUGCGUUAGCUAGGCAAAAACUCGCAGCCCCCAAUCAAUAUUUUUAGAAAAUUCAAGUGUUAGCUAUUUUCGAUCUAAAAAUAAUUAAUCAUUUCGGCAGUCAUACCCUUCUCACGUGCACAAUAUCAUACGAAAAACGUUAAUUUUCCUGUGAAGCCAAGUACAGGUUUUAGCAGGCAGUGGAUGCCGAGGCCGAACCGAUGCCUCCAUUCCGGCCGUUUCGCCGGCUGCUGUCUGGCUUCAAUCAGAUGAGUUAUCAGAACACGGUUGCAGUGAGUGACAAAGGUGACAUGUUGCUAGGAUUUAUUCAGGACAUCAAUGGGGACCAAGUGUUUGUCAAUUUCGAUUCGAGCAAGGUCAAAGCCAGGUGGGUGGAUGCAGCGUGUGUUUAUUCGAUGCCAUGGUAUGAUCAUCAAGAGAAUCACCAGCGCGACAAACCUGUUUACGCGGCACUCCGCGACGAAGACGACGGUCCAUUCCGGUUCCAGUCGGUUUUUAUAAUAUUUUCUGUUGCGGCAUGUAAGCGGUGCUAUAUGUGUUACGUCAAGGCAAAUGUCCAAGGCGGAGAUCCAGCUAAAGCUCGAAUAGAACUGAUUGAUCAUCGCCAGAUCCUCGGCUUGGAAUGGUUCACUGAGCCGGCGUUUCUGUACCGGAACAGCGCACUGGGUUAUACCAAAUAUUGUGCUUCCUUUACCACAGCUAAUCAGCUGCUUGGCCAACCGGCAGAUAGGUCGCGCGUAAUUAAGCACUUUCGUGAAGUGUUCGAGGAAGAUGCAGCGCUGUCCACCCUGACGGACUGCUGCCGUUUUCAUUUACGCAUCGAAGCGAACAAUUGCGUGUUUGUGGUUAUCGGCGUCGGAACGAGUGCGGAUGCGCAGCAGAUGACCAUGUCAAAGCUGUGUAUAGUGGUGGAAAGGCAUCUGGCGACUCGGGGAAAAUGGCUGCCGACUUGUUCUGAGAGUGACCCAACCGAUAUCAGCGCAGCAAUGAACCGAAUCGAGUCUUCGGGUUUAAAAUCAGCAGAAGCAAUGUUGUUUUGUCAUCUGCCUCAUUGGAUAUUCAGCGAAAUCUGUUCUUACCUGGAUCUGCAUUCCCAGAUGAAGCUCACGCGAGUGUGCGCAUUAUGGCAGCAGCUGUUAAGCAGUCCUGGCACAACGAAGCACAUCCGCGUACGUUUGGACAGCAUGACUAGAGAAACUACGUCCGACAACUACAACUGCUUCACCGUGGCAGCGCUGCUGACUCGCACAAUCAACCCAGCGACCAAAAGCUUGACGAUAAUAACAAGAUCUCUCGGCAACUGUUGCACGCUAUUUCUCCCUUUUUUACUGGGAGCCAUGAAAGCCGUACAAGUUCAUCUGCCCUUGAUCGUAUUGAAGGACUUUGUCAGGAACAGCCGCGGAACGUGCACCUCCGAGGAUAAAUUUCACUUGACACAUUGUUUGACAACAGAUACAAAAGCAUUUGCAUACUGCUGUGAUCGCAUCGUCUGGCAUAACUGGAAAGUCAGCUAUCUCUUUGGCCGCCCAAUGUACGAAAUCUUUGCCGAGAAGGAAUUUAAGAAUCUGUGGCCCUUGCCUACAAGGGAGAAGAAUCUAAUGCUGCCUCUCGGAUGGGACCACACGCUGACCAUUGAUCAGCUGGAAAUCACGGUACCGCGGCUGGUUCUUGAUUGCCUCGAAGGCCGAGCUAAUAUGGUCAGCCGCAUCAUGUGGGCAGUCAAUGAAGGCUUUCCACCGGUUACGGAUGCAAUGCAGGCAAAGGUCAAUAGCAUUUAUGCGCGUUGGGUGCGCGACCUGUUGCAUCCGCCUGAAUGGGACACCAUUCGCAGCUACCUUUCAGUGUUCAGCGGUUUUCACGCUGACGGCACACCCCGAUCAUGGGUGGACGUUGAUCUGACACAAGUGGAUACCGCCCAACUCAGCAAAAUGGCACUAUAUGGGAUCAACGAAAUAUUCAUGCCUGAUCAAUAGUCAGAAGAACUUUCGGGACGGCCUUUGCUGAAAUGAUUCGUUUUGUCGGCAGGAAUAUUCGCGGUGUGACCGGGGGGUCUCGUUCAACCGCUUUUCCUAGACAACGUUUUAGCCUGGCUGCUGUUAGAGGUCAUGCGGCUGCUGUCUUGGGCACAUUGAACGCGCGCCCGAAAGUUGGCAAUGACACAUUAUGACAGCAACGAUUAUGGUUGUUUUUUUAAUGUGUAAACCUAUCUUUUUAUUUGUGUCUAUCAGCGUGGGCUUGUUUGUUAUGUUAAUUGGCUAUUGCCUGAAUAAACUCGUAGCUCGCCACAAUUGCAUAAGCAAUUUUUCGCGCCGGUG